AUGUUACAAAACACACUCAAUGAUCAGUAUGAGGAUGUUUUGGAUAAAGAGGCGCUUCUUGGUUCGAAAAAUGAUAUUAAAAUACAAGAUCCAGUGGACACGGUUCUUUCUUUAAGAGGAAAUAUUCUCCAUGAUCAAAAGCUUCAAGACAAUACGUAUCACAGUUGGACUAUUUUACACCACUCUCCAUUCAAGGCAGUAUGGGACUGGAUUAUAUUAAUAUUGGUGAUGUACACCGCCAUUUUUACGCCAUAUGUUGCAGCAUUUCUUCUGGGGGAACAGGAUUACCAACGAAGAAAUAACAAGUAUAUAAAUUCGGAUCCGAUAGUCAUAAUUGAUUUAAUUGUGGACGUAACGUUUGUUGUUGAUAUAAUUAUAAAUUUCCGAACAACCUUUGUAAAUGCACAAGACGAAGUGGUUUCACAUCCUGGUCGGAUAGCUGUGCAUUAUCUUAGUGGAUGGUUUUUAAUUGAUUUAGUGGCUGCAGUUCCUUUCGACUUGCUUCUCGUUGGAAGUGACACGGAUGAGCUUGGCUUGGAUAAUGACGAGACAACAACUUUAAUCGGUCUCUUGAAAACAGCAAGACUUUUAAGACUAGUCCGAGUGGCCCGAAAAAUUGACCGAUAUUCUGAAUAUGGAGCAGCAGUACUUAUUUUGUUAAUGGCUACAUUUGUACUAAUCGCACAUUGGCUCGCUUGUAUAUGGUAUGCCAUUGGAAAUGCCGAGAGGGGAAUGGUAUCCAAAAAUAUUGGAUGGUUGCAUUCCCUUGCGUACGAUAUUCAAGAACCAUACUUUGAAAACAAAACUGGUGGACCGUCUAUUAAGUCACGAUACAUCACAGCUCUAUAUUUUACAUUUACUUCACUAACCUCUGUGGGAUUUGGAAAUGUGGCACCAAAUACUGAUGCAGAAAAAAUAUUUACAAUAUGUGUUAUGCUUGUUGGAUCUCUAAUGUAUGCCAGUAUUUUUGGAAAUGUUUCGGCUAUAAUACAAAGGCUUUAUUCUGGAACUGCAAGAUAUCACACUCAAAUGCUUCGUGUUCGUGAGUUUAUUCGGUUUCACCAGAUUCCGAAUCCUCUUAGGCAAAAAUUAGAAGACUAUUUUCAGCAUGCGUGGACUUAUACAAAUGGAAUUGAUAUGAAUUCAUUGUUAAAGGGAUUUCCUGAAGGUCUUCAAGCAGAUAUAUGUUUGCACUUAAACAGAAAGCUGUUAACGACUUGUUCGGCCUUUGCUGGAGCUAGUCCUGGGUGCUUAAGGGCAUUUUCACUUAAAUUUAAAACCACUCACGCACCACCCGGAGAUAUUUUAGUGCACAAGGGUGAUGUGCUGACAUCCUUGUUCUUUAUUGCUCGAGGAUCAAUUGAAAUUCAAAGGGAUAAUACCGUUAUUGUUAUAUUAGGUAAAAAUGAUAUUUUUGGCGAGAAUCCUUUCAUUCAUUCCACUCUUGGCAAGUCCAAUGGUAUCGUACGGGCGUUGACUUAUUGUGAUAUACACAAAAUACACAGAGAUGAUUUAAUGGAUGUUCUUGAUUUAUAUCCGGAAUUUUUUGACUGUUUCAUGAAUAACUUGGUACUGACAUACAAUAUGAGAGACGAAAAGCAAAGCGGGGUGGAUAUUAAGCACCGAUAUUUACGGGCAAGGUCGACAGAAAGGGAAAGAAGUACAAGUGAUUUACCAUCAAUAAGAAUCGUCGGGCUUCGCUACAAAACCCAAAAUAUUAAUGCUGCUGUACACAAAGUGAAAAACAAUGCCAGAGAUGUUAAUAUUUUUAUUGAAAAUGAGAUAUCAAACUAUCAGCUAGAUUUAUUUGAAAACAAUAAAUAA